AUGCCGCUUCGACUUGUUCUUCUAGGAGCACCUGGAUCAGGCAAAGGCACGCUCACAUCGAGGCUACUGAAACAGAUGCCUCGUCUCAACUCUAUAUCCACGGGCGAUCUCUUGCGGGCUGAAAUUCAAAACUCAACCCCAAUAGGAAAGCUUGCUGAUGCGUACAUCAAGGAGGGGAAACUGCUUCCAGACGAAUUGAUGGCCGGGAUGGUGGAGACAGAGCUUGCAAAGAGAGACAUCAUAGACAAGUCGUUUCUGCUGGAUGGAUUUCCGCGAACUCCCAGCCAGGCGUUGGAACUUGAACGCCGGCUUCAAGACAAUAACAUAAAUCUGGUUGUUGAGCUAGAUGUCCCGCCCGAUGUCAUUGUCGGGAGAAUCGCAAACCGGUGGAUGCAUUCUUCGGGAAGAGUUUACAAUUUAGAGUACAAUCCCCCUAAGGUUCCGUUUAAGGACGAUGUGACCGGGGAGCCACUAUUUCAGCGGCCAGACGACAAUCCGGAGACUGUUCGCAAAAGACUGAAUACCUACUAUGAGCAAUUGGAACCGAUCAAGCGAUUCUACCAGUCCCGAGGAGUGUACGAGAAAGUUGGAGGUGAGACCAUAUACGGUUAUGCUAAUUGGAGAGGAUAUCACAAAACACCAGCUUCUGGAGACGUACAGCGGUAUGAUAAUCCACAGCAUGUGGAGUGCAGGCACCUUGAUGGUGGAGCACCUGUACAACCGGGGUCUGAAGAUGUGGGAGAUUUUGCAUCAGUCAAUUCUUGGGGAUCAAUGCUCCUGCAGAGACGAAGAAAAAGUGGCUAUAGCCGAUUCGUGAUUUUCAGUCUUACGAUGUUUUUGACAGACAAGUCAAGACGCCAGAUGCUGACUGGAGGCAUCGUGAAUACUUUGGAUAGUGAAGCCAAAUUGGAACGGCCUUCGUUACACAAGGUUGUCGUUUUGGAUGAAUCAUUGAAACCAUGGGAGCCGGACGAGAGACUGCGCUAA